CUGGAGAAAACUGCGUGGCUGGAGGAGCAAUUGAAAAAUGGAUAAGAUAAUAAAACAAAAAAGUGAUCAAAUAAUGAAGCUGCAGGCCCAGUUAUUGGAACAACACAAAAUAUUAGAUAACAACGAAGCUAAGGAUGCUCAAAUUUUUGAGUCUACAAGCUCAGCUAGGGGAAAAGAAGAAAUUGGAACAAAACAGUUUCCAAACAGUGAAGGAGGUUUUUCAAAACUCAUCCCUAACUGAACGUGAGGAUGAGUUGGCAUUAGGUGAACACAGUCAGUUAUUCAGUCCACCACCUGACAGUGUGUUAAAUUUAAAUUCUGUUAGUGCUGCACUAAAAGAAUUGUUAGUAAUAAGUCCAUGCAGCGAAGGAACUGAAGAAUUGUGGUACUGUAUUUGGGCGGAAAAUGGGUGUGGUAUGGAAACACAGAAAUGGCAUGAGUUCAACCUAAAACAUGGAUUAGAAUUUUAGCGGGGGGAUCAAGUCAAGUCUGGAAGUGUUACAGGAUGGAAGAGUGAGCCUACAGAUGAAAAAACACUGAGAGUGCAUUACCGUUAAGGUGUGAGGUAAAUUAAUAGAGUAAUGCAAAUUGCCUAAUGAGAAGUACCAUCUUGUGUUAAUGAAUCCAGUACAACAGCAAUCCUUUAUAGUUCUGUCACAGCUAGAAGCCUCAAAUAAUUCUGCUUCUCUGUCUAAAGAACAACUUGUCCUUUAUGUUCAGAGUGUUGGGGAAAUUGGGUACUUAAAUGGCCUUAAAGA